CCAGCUCUUUGUGAGCCAUGCCGAGCCUGCUCGUCCCAGGGAUAAUGGAAAGGAACGGCGGCUUCGGCGAUUUAGGCUGUUUCGGUGGGAGCGGCAAAGACAGAGCUCUGCUGGAAGAUGACCGGGCGCUGCAGCUCGCCCUGGACCAGCUCUGCCUGCUGGGGCUCGGAGAGCCUUCCUCCUCCUCCUCUUCCUCCGCCGCGGUGUUGGUGGAGGACAGCAACAACAACAACAAUAACCCUCCGCCGCCUCCUCCUCCGCAGCAGCCGCCGCCGCCGAACCCACCGCCGCCGCCGCAGCCGCAGCAGCAGCCGCCGCCGCCGCCUCCGCCUCCCCCGGCCCCGAAGGGUCCGUCGGCCGCGGGCGGAGGGGCGGCGGAACCCAAGUUGUGCGCGCUGUACAAAGAGGCCGAGCUGCGGUUGAAAAGCAGCUCCAACACCACCGAGUGCGUGCCCGUGCCCAGCUCCGAGCACGUGGCCGAGAUCGUGGGGCGCCAAGGCUGCAAGAUCAAAGCUCUGCGGGCCAAGACCAACACGUACAUCAAGACGCCGGUGCGGGGCGAGGAGCCGGUGUUCAUGGUGACGGGGCGGCGCGAGGACGUGGCUAUGGCACGGAGGGAGAUCAUCUCGGCGGCCGAGCACUUCUCCAUGAUCCGAGCGUCGCGCAACAAGGCCGGCACCACAUUCGGCAGCGCGCCCACCCUGCCGGGCCAGGUCACCAUCCGGGUUCGCGUCCCCUACCGCGUGGUGGGGUUGGUGGUGGGCCCGAAAGGAGCCACCAUCAAGAGGAUCCAGCAGCAAACCAACACCUACAUCAUCACGCCCAGCCGGGACCGAGAUCCCGUCUUUGAGAUCACCGGCGCGCCGGGCAACGUGGAGCGCGCGCGGGAGGAGAUCGAGACCCACAUCGCCGUGAGGACGGGCAAGAUCUUGGAGUACAACAACGAGAACGACUUCCUGUCCAGCAGCCCCGACUCCAGCAUGGAGAACCGCUACUCGGAGGCCUGGCGGGUGCACACGCCGGCGCCGGGCUGCAAGCCGCUCUCCACCUUCCGGCAGAACAGCCUGGGCUGCAUCGGGGACUGCGCGGUGGAUCCGGUCUACGAGACGCCGCGGCUGAACGACCAAAACGACUUCAAUUACGGUUACCUCUUCCCCAACUACGGCGUCAACAAGCAAGAUCUGUACUACGGCGUGCCGGAGUCGGGCGCCCCGAUGUGGGCCGGGCAGGAGAACGCCAACCCGGUCUCGGUGCUCUUCUCCAAGCAGCAGCGCUCCAGCAGCACCGGCGCCAUCCACCCCAACUCCCACCGCUCGCCGUCCUCCUCCAUCCAGGAGCCCAACCUCUCCGCUCUCCCUCGGCGGUCCCAGGGGGAGCCGCUCCAGGGCUUUUCCAAACUGGGGAGCACCGCCGCUGCCCGGACGUCCGUCUCCAGCAGCCGCGAGUGCAUGGUGUGUUUCGAGAGCGAAGUGACGGCGGCGCUGGUGCCGUGCGGCCAUAACCUCUUCUGCAUGGAGUGCGCCGUGAGGAUCUGUGAGAGGACUGACCCCGAGUGCCCGGUGUGCCACGCUGCAGCCACUCAGGCCAUUAGAAUAUUUUCCUAAAGAGACAGA